ACAGGAAGUGAGGAAGGGUCCGGCGGCGUCGCGGUUAGCAGCUGUUGCGGGCUAUCAUGAGAGCCUUUGGGCCAGGUCUCAAGGCUCGGCGCCUGUUCCCACCCCGGUACUCGCCGCGGCCGCCGGGGCCCCAGGCACCUAGGCUGUGCAGCGGGUUCACGGCUGGCGCCAUGGACGAGCUGCUGCGGCGAGCCGUGCCACCCACGCCGGCCUAUGAGCUGCGUGAGAAGACGCCGGCGCCCGCCGAGGGUCAGUGCGCCGACUUCGUGAGCUUCUACGGCGGCUUGGCCGAGACGGCACAGCGCGCCGAGCUGCUCGGCCGCUUAGCGCAGGGCUUCGGCGUGGACCACAGCCAGGUGGCGGAGCAGAGCGCCGGAGUGCUGCAGCUGCGCCAGCAGUCGCGCGAGGUGGCCGUACUGCUGCAGGCAGAGGACCGGCUACGCUAUGCGCUCGUGCCGCGCUACCGCGGCCUCUUCCACCACAUCAGCAAGCUGGACGGCGGCGUGCGCUUCCUGGUGCAGCUGCGCGCCGAUCUGCUGGAGGCGCAGGCCCUGAAGCUAGUGGAGGGGCCACACGUCCGGGAAAUGAAUGGAGUACUAAAAAGCAUGCUGUCCGAGUGGUUCUCCUCUGGCUUCCUGAGCCUGGAGCGGGUCACCUGGCACUCACCCUGUGAGGUGCUUCAGAAGAUCAGUGAGUAUGAGGCUGUGCAUCCUGUGAAAAACUGGAUGGACAUGAAGCGGCGUGUGGGGCCGUACCGGAGGUGUUACUUCUUCUCCCAUUGUUCCACCCCUGGAGAGCCCCUGGUUGUUCUGCAUGUAGCUCUGACCAGUGACAUUUCCAACAACAUCCAGGGCAUCGUGAAGGAGUGCCCUCCAUCUGAAACAGAGGAGAGGAACAGGAUCUCUGCUGCUAUCUUCUACUCCAUCAGCCUGACCCAGCAGGGCCUACAGGGGGUGGAGCUCGGGACCUUCCUCAUAAAGCGAGUGGUCAAGGAGCUGCAGAAGGAGUUUCCUCACUUGGGGGCCUUCUCAAGUCUGUCACCUAUACCUGGAUUCACCAAGUGGCUUCUGGGUCUCCUGAAUGUGCAGGGAAAGGAACAUGGGAGGAAUGAGCUAUUCACAGACUCAGAAUGCAAAGAAAUCUCUGAGGUCACAGGCGACCCGGUUCACGAGAGCCUCAAGGGCUUCCUGAGCAGUGGUGAGUGGGUGAAGUCAGAGAAGCUGGUGCAGGCACUUCAGGGGCCACUGAUGAGGCUGUGUGCCUGGUACCUGUAUGGUGAGAAGCACCGAGGUUACGCCCUCAACCCAGUGGCCAACUUCCAUCUGCAGAAUGGAGCUGUGAUGUGGCGUAUCAACUGGAUGGCUGACAGCAGCCUGAAAGGCCUCACUAACUCCUGUGGCCUCAUGGUCAACUACCGCUACUACCUGGAGGAGACAGGCCCCAACAGCAUCAACUACCUGGGCUCCAAGAACAUCAAAGCCUCUGAGCAGGUCCUCAGCCUGGUGGCCCAGUUCCAGAAGAACAGCAAGCUCUAGGGAAAUCCUCCCACGGCCUGGUCCCCUGCUCAGAAAGCAGACUGUGUUCUCAUGGGCCAGUGUUACUCACCACAGGAGCCUUGUCAGGGAAGCCACAGCUGUGCUGUGUCCCCUGACCUCAGCAGGCACUUGGGAGGCCCCACCUCGGUUGUCACUGUGCUGGUCAACUCACUGCUUGCUGGAGGUGGUGGGAACACACACCCUGAGGAUAGCACUGUGCUCCUCCAGGAGCCCUCACUGCUGCACCACAGCCUGUGCCUACAGGAAGCUCUGCAGCAUCACCCAGGCCACCCAGGGCAGACCCCUUGGGGCUUGUAGAGCUGACAGUCGUGUCUUCUGUCCUCUCUAUGCCACGGUCUAUGCUGUGGCUGCUGCUGCAGCUUAGAGCUCAGACUGGAGCUGUGACAUGCACGAGGCAGUCGGCACCUCAAGGAUGCUGCUUCUUGAGGCAGGGUUGGCUUAUAGGGUUUACAUGAGAUUCCAGUUCACAAUGAACUGAACAGUAAAGAGCAAGUUUGUUCUAUAAACAUUAAACAUGAUUGCUCACUGUA